CGCGAUCGGUGAUGAAACCGCACAAUGGGUGGAGAUGGCAGCUGCGGACGAGGCCUCGGAGACUGACAAAGGGUUGUCAGCCGUUGCGCAGAUCUCCCACGACCUCGCGGCCACCUGCGCUCUGCAGCAGGAGGAAAUUCUUCGCCUGCAGCAGACAGUGGACCAGAUGCUUGUACGGCUGCAGGCGUUCGAGAAACAGCCAGUCGCCGCAGCCGCUGCAGGGCCUUCAAACCUUGCCACCCGUGUUCAAGUUUUGGAGGAUGACAUCAGCAACAUUAAGCGUGUGCAUCGGGAUUUUCGGACGUCGCAGCAAGCAACGAACUUGCAGUUGGAGACGCAGGUCCAGGCUGCUGCCACCGUGACGCCCGCGGCCGCAUCCUCCCGGCGCCCACCCAAACUGGAUGACAUUCCAGUUUUCUGCGAUCAGUCCAAGACGGAACCGAUCCCGUGGUGGCGCCAGUUUACUCUCAGGCUCGACAGGCACCAUGUCCCGAACAACGAUCGACAUCCGUGCUUGUACCACCGAUCUGGUGGUGCAUGUCAAGCAUGGCUGGACAACAUCUUGACCAGCCACGGCGUAGCAGUGUCGGAACUGCACACCAAGCUCACUUGGCAGGAGUUGACUGACACUUGGCACAAGCGAUUCCAAGUGGAGCCGCCCGAUCUGCAAGCGAUGGACAAGCUCAACAAGCUCCAUCAGAACACGCUGCUCAGUCAGGACUGGAUUACCGAGUUCCAAAKACUCGCCUCCACACCUGACCUGCCGCUCGCAUUCCGCGCCAUCAAGCACUUGUUUAUCAUGCGCUCGUACGAAGUCGCGGUGGGGGACAUGCUUGGCUAUGUUGCCAAGGUGGCCCGCGAGUUUGUCUCGCAAUGGUACGAAGAAAACAACGCACCGUUACUCUACGUUCGCAUUCAGAUUGGGCAAGCGGCCUGCAACGCUUUGCUAGAUUGCGGCGCAACUCGCAACUUCAUCGGCCAGUCCUUCAUGACUCGGGCUGGCCUUGRCGCACAAGUACGGAGGAAGUCACAUCCGACGACGGUCGCUCUUGCCGACGGUAAGACGAAACAACUUUUAGACCGUUACAUCUCGGGUGUCCCGGUGUACUUUGCACCGCACGCAUGUGAACCCGUCACUUUUGACGUGUUGGACACCGACUUCGAUGUCAUUUUGGGGAUGCCYUGGCUUUCUAGCGCGGACCACACGGUCAAUUUCCAUCGACGCACGCUCACGAUUCGUGAUGCAACUGGCGCCGAGGUCCCGUGUACUAUUCCUCCUCCUCGCUCUUCCAUUCGGUGCCAAGUCGUGAGUGCCAAAUCGUUUCGAGACACAUGCCGUUCCGAGCAUGUCGAAGAAAUUGGCAUCGCUUUUCUUCGAACCGUCCCGACGACCGACUCAUCGUCCACGGAUGUGUCUUCCGACCCCCGUGUGACCCGGUUGUUAGACGAGUUCUCGGAUGUUUUUGAGAUACCCUCCGGUAUAGUGUCGGACCGGCCAAUCUCUCACGAGAUCAUACUUGAGGCCGGCGCCGUGCCACCGAAGGGAUGCAUUUAUCGCAUGUCCGAGGAAGAGCUCACGGUUCUCCGUGCGCGACUCGACGAUCUACUUGACAAGGGUUGGAUCCGCCCUAGCAGCUCACCUUACGGUGCGCCUGUUCUCUUCGUUCGGAAGAAGAACAAGGACCUUCGACUUUGCRUUGACUACCGACGCCUCAACGCGCAAACCAUUAAGAACGCGGGGCCUCUACCUCGCAUUGACGAUUUGCUUGAGCGGUUGGGCGGCGCCAAGUACUUUUCGAAGUUGGACCUCAAGUCGGGSUACCAUCAGAUUUCCAUCCGCCCGCAAGAUCGGUACAAAACCGCGUUUAAGACGCGAUAUGGACAUUUUGAGUGGGUAUUUAUGCCUUUUGGCCUCACCAAUGCCUCGGCCACCUUUCAGGCGGCCAUGACCACCGAGUUUCGCGCUAUGCUGGACCGCUUCGUCUUGGUCUACUUGGACGACAUCCUCGUCUAUAGCCGAAUUCUAGAGGAGCAUCUCGAGCACCUUCGUCGUGUUCUAGAGACUCUUCGGUCAKCCCGGUACAAAGCUAACCGCGAUAAAUGCGAGUUUGUCCGGCAAGAGCUUGAAUACUUGGGYCAUUUUAAUGGCGCGACGGCUGGACAAGUUCCUGUUCUCGCUCUGCCGGCCCUUCCCACCUCCGCUCCUCCCCCACCUCCUCCUCCUCCUCCUCCUCCUCCUCCUCCUCCUCCUCCCCCUCCCCCUCCUCCUCUUCCCCAGUCGUCUAGUGGAGUAGCACCUGAUAGCAGUAUUGGUCAAUAUCAAAAAGGUAGCGGGUGGUAUAAUCUGAAUCAGCGUGUCGUAACUCUCGAGGAUUCUGUAGUAAAGAUGAAGGCAUGGUAUGAUGCAGCCAUGGCGAAGGAGGCUGCUCGCAGAGAAGAAGAAGAGAAACUAAGAAAGGCGAAGGAAGAAGAAGAACGACGACUUUUGGAGAAGAAGGAGAGGGAGGCUCUUAAUAAAGAAUUACAUGAUGCUAUGAAUGCUCGUUUGGAUGGUUUGUACGAAGCGGUGCGGGGUCAAAAACCCGGUGGUAAUCCGGGUGAACCCACGAUGGAGAAACUACUGAAGGAGAUCGAGAAUCGACCUCCAGUCAGAGAUGAUGCCUUGCUGGCAAGGAUCAUGCAGGAGCACGAGGACAUGAAGUCGAAGAUUGAAUCAGCAGCGGCUGCCAACAAGCGAGCAGAGGCUUUGGAGGAAAUGCUUCGAACCGUCAAGCAGCAGCACAAACAAGCGAUGCAGGAAGUUGAGAACUGGAAGAGGGAGGCGCUGCGUACCAUUAAUAAGCGAAGCCGCCUGGCAUCGUCCCCCUCCUCGCAGCUUAAGAUGUCGUCCGCUACACCUCUGAAGUCGUCAGUAGACAGACCUCGUGUUUUUCAAAAGAAGCGAGCUCGACCUGGACGAGCGACAGCAGUCAAGUCUGCAGAGUCAGGCAGGGCAGGAAAAGUGCAGAAAGAGGUAGACGUGGAGUGGACCCGGGUGUACACGCUAGUUUCCAAUCACGGAGAAUAUGAACUACUGCUUGACGGAAUUUAUGAAAAUAUUCACAGUAUGCGGUACCACGAUUCCUCGUUCUUGAAGACUGUUGAGUGCUUUGAGUGGAUGUGCAUGUCAGAUGUCUUGAGCCGGCAGACCAUAUCACGGAGCAAUUUUUCACUAUUAUUAUAUCAACCGGCAGCAGUCCUAGGGAUCCGCCGGAUUGUGGCAGGAACUGCUCGGCCUCAAUUGGAAUGGCCCAAAUCAUAUGCAAGGUUUCGGUCAGACCUUAGAACAAGGCGUGAAGUGUUGGCCAUCUGGAUGCAAAAGAUGGCCGCAAGUAUUGUGCGGACAACUUCCUCAGCUGUAGCUGCAUUAGACCUGAUCACUCCACUUCUCACCAUUGUUGCACCACAGUCGUUGAGACCUGUUGCCCCCCAGCUCCUGACGAAGAAAGAGAAAGAAGAGGUGACAGGGCUGGUUGAUACAAUGAUAACGUUAGGAGUGCGGUACUCUACAAAGGGAAGCACUGCAGCAGGUUCAGUAACACCGUAUAGUGAUGGGGGCAUGGAUUUUCAACAGAAUUUUCCUCUAGAACCUGCAAUCAAUAUCUUUAUAAAGUAUAAGGAUCAUACACCACAGCACCGCCAGUUGUCGACAACUCUCCGGCAGAUGCUAGCUCAUGAGGUGGAUCUUGAGACUAUCCACAGGGAAGCAGCAGCACGCAAUGCUAGGACAGGGGGUGUAAGUGGGAGCACACCAUUUUCUGAGGAGCCAACUUCCAAGGAGAAACAACCCAUAAAGGCAAACCCACUCCUUUCAUUUGUGUUUGGCAAGAAUCCAGCAUCUGGUGGUGUCUCAUCCACGUCCGGGGAAAAUGUGCCAGUGAAAAGAGCAAGACCAGCUCCUGAGGAUCGAGAAGGGGUAAUGGGAACCGCAAAUGGACGUGAAGGAGAAAAACGGCAGAAACAUGAUGAUGGGGUGCUUGAAGCGGGCAAGAAGUCAACAGUGAACCUGCCAAGUUCAACGGACUUUUUCGCAAGGUUCAAGAAGGCGGGUGAGAAGAAAGGAGACGCUGGCGCACAGAAAGCAUCUGGGUCGUCUUCUUCAGCGAAAAGUGCCUAUUCCACCUGUGCAAGAGAUUCAUUGAUCGUUCUUUACAAGUUUCAUGAGGGAUUCACAAACGCUGUGAAGCGUCCAGUGCACAUGCGAGAUUUUCUGUGAAUGCCACUGAAUGGUGAAAAAAAAAGCAGAAACCGAUUUGGGGGCUGGACAAGGUUAGGCAGAUCGUCAAUGGCAGAUAAGUGGACAAAUGAGUGGUAGUUUAUUGGUGUUUCCAACAGGAGUGUUGCAUUGCCACUGUCCUCCUGACCAGGAGGAGUAGCACCAUAUAAUGAAUUGAACAAUGCUGAAGGGACUGAAUAAUACAGAGCACACUUCAGUUGAAGCCUGUCCAUGCUUCCUUGAUGAGAGGCUGCCUCAGUGAGAACGGUGUAAGCUGGUGAGCAGGUGAUUAUGCUAGUCGUUGCAUCCAUGGGUGAACUUGUAGGCGAGCAAGUAGGUGAGCAACUAUGUGAGCGAGUAGGUGAGCAACUAUGUGAGCAAGUAGGUGAGUAGGCAAGUAAGUACUUGAGUGAGUAGGUGAGUAAGUACUUGAGUGACAAGGUGAGUAAGUACUUGAGUGAGUAGGUGAGUAAGUACUUGAGUGAGUAGGUGAGUAAGUACUUGAGUGAGAAGAUGAGCGAGUAGUUGAGUGAGUAGGCGAGUGUGUGGGCGAGAAAAUAGGCGAGUGUCAGGCGAGUGUCCGGGCGAGUGAAUAGGCGAGUGAGCAGAUGAGAGUAGUGAGUCAGUAGCAGAGUGAGAAGGUGAAUGAGUGGGUGAAGUUAUGUAUAACCAGCCACUAGCUCAGCAGGCCAGCCAGUCAUCAAGAGUGAGGGUGGCAGAGUCAAGGCACCUGGUGAUUUGGGAUGGGCAGAUAAAGGGGGGGGGGGAGUAAGUUCUGUAUUUGAAUAGGUGUGGAUAAAGCAGCGAGUUUGUACUGCCAGGAGGUGAGUGGGUGAGUAGAUGAGUGGAAUGUUUUGUAUACGUGCUAGCUAGGCUGCAGUCAGCCCAUCAGCAAAUGAGCAAUAGAGUGUGAGAGGCAGAACGCAACAUAGAGCUGACAGUUGAGCAUUUUGGGCUAGCUAGCUGCCGGAAAAUUUUGAGACUGAACGAUACCGAACGAAGAAGAGAAAGUCAAGUAAGCUUCAGCUGGAAAAUGCAAAGUGUCUGCCACAGCUGCUUUUUGCCUGCGUGGCAGUUCCUGAUGCAGAGGCUGCUGGUUGCUUCGUGGACACCACAAUGCAAGGAAAUGUAAUCAGAGUUUAUAGUUGUCUGAACGUAACCUUGCAAGGAACCAUGCAAUGAGAACGCAAAUAAGUGUCAAGAUGCAAAAGCUGAAAGACGACCGAUCAUGAGCAAGCGGAGUUGAAAGAAGCUCCUGUACCACUGUCCUUGCAUGAGUGGCACAUUGCUUAGUGUAUGACAUUAUUAUGCAGCCAAACUGUCUGAGGCAGUUUGAUAUCCCAAUCAAGUUGAUCAGGGGUUAUUAAUGCCCAAGAAGCUCCUGUACCUGUUUGUUCAUUCGCUCAGCUUGGUCGUUCGCUUCAGGUCGAUUGUCUAAAGUCAUCUUCAGUUCUGAACCCAACUUUUUGGCCAGGGCUUGCCAGAGUUCCCCCUUAAACCGCACAUCCCUAUCACUUUUGGGUAAUCCAAAAUCUUUGAUCAAGUGAUUAGCAGAUUCAGUUAUGACUAACUUUUUCUUUGUGGUACAUGAAACAUGCAAAUUCAAUAAAUCUGUCGAGUAUCA